AUGAAAAAAAUGCCAUUGUUCAGUAAAUCACACAAGAAUCCUGCAAAUUGUGAAAACGUUGAAGGAUAACAUGGUUUUAUUAGAAAAGCAGGACAAGAAGACAGAAAAGGCCUCUGAAGAGGUGUCCAAAUCCCUCCAAGCCACAAAGGAAAUUUUGUGUGGUACAGGAGACAAGGAGCCUCAAACUGAGACUGUGGCCCAGCUAGCACAGGAGCUCUACAACAGUGGUUUGUUAGUGACAUUGAUAGCCAACCUGCACCUCAUAGACUUUGAGGGUAAGAAGGAUGUAUCUCAGAUUUUCAACAAUAUCUUGAGAAGACAGAUUGGCACUCGCAGCCCCACUGUGGAAUAUAUCAGUUCCCACCAACAUAUACUCUUUAUACUACUUAAAGGGUAUGAGUCUCCUCAAGUGGCAUUGCAUUGUGGGAUAAUGCUCCGAGAAUGUGUCCGUCAUGAGCCGCUUGCCAAAAUUAUCCUUUACUCUGAGCAGUUUGAGGACUUCUUUAAAUAUGUGGAAAUGUCAACAUUCGACAUAGCUUCCGAUGCCUUUGCUACAUUUAAGGAUUUGCUUACAAGACACAAGUUGAUGGUAGCUGAAUUUUUAGAACUGAAUUAUGAUAGAAUAUUUAAUGACUAUGAAAAGCUUCUACACUCCGAGAACUAUGUGACAAAAAGACAGUCAUUAAAGCUGCUGGGUGAGCUGAUCUUGGAUCGACACAACUUCUCCAUUAUGACAAAGUACAUCAGCAAACCAGAAAAUCUGAAGCUCAUGAUGAACCUACUUCGAGAUAAGAGCCCCAACAUUCAGUUUGAAGCUUUCCAUGUCUUUAAGGUAUUUGUAGCAAAUCCAAACAAAACGCAGCCAAUUGUGGAUAUCCUGCUGAAAAACCAGACAAAGCUAAUUGAGUUCCUGAGCAGCUUCCAGAAGGAGAGGACAGAUGAUGAACAGUUCUCCGAUGAAAAAAGCUACUUGAUCAAACAAAUACGAGACUUGAAAAAACCCAAUCCAUGA